UAACUGUCAGUUUAAAUGUUUGUUUUUAUUUAUGAAAGCUUUGAAUAACUAAAAAUGUCUUCGGAAUCGUCAUCUGAAUCUGAAUUAAGCGCUUGUAGUUCAAAAUUCGACCCAUCUAAGGCUUUAUAUGCUCCUAAGCCUAAGCUACCCGUUGAAAAUGCACCAAUGUAUGAAAAUUUACAACAAUUCGAAGCCGCUCUAAAGUAUGAAAGUUUAAAUACAUCAUCUAUCAUUUCCGUAGGACGUCAUGAAUUAUUUCAGAAGCGUGAAGAAGAGAAGGAAAGAAAGAAGAAAGAGCAAGAAAGAUUAUUAGAAGAAAAGAACAAACAGCGGUUCGCUCAAUAUGAAGGUCUCGUACCAACCACGAGGAACAGAAGGAAUAUCAAGAAUGUCAUGACGCGUAUAGAAACGAUGAUGGGACCUCUCGGAGCCUUGAAAGAAUGCGUGGACCAGCGAUUGAGGAUCAAGGUAAUCACUCGUAAUGCGAAUGGUAUACGCGGAGUUCUACACGCGACCCUCGUAGCAUUUGAUAAGCAGUGGAACCUGGCGAUGACGGAUGUGCUGGAGGUGUGGAAGAGGAAGGCUCCCUCCAAGAGGAAAAUACCAGCGUCUUUGGGCACACCGGUACCGAAAGGCACAGCUGCUGCGAUAUCGCCAGUUCCAGUGAUCACUGAAACCCCCCUCGGUGGUGGCGUGUGGGAGUGUACGAGACAUCUACCCCAGAUAAUGGUCAGGGGUGAACACGUUGUGCUUGUUAAUAUCAUUGAACGAUAACUUGAAAUAAAUUGACUUCAUUGAAAGCCUAGAAAUGGUUCACUGCUGGGCCGAGACGCUGAUCCAGGACGGGUUCUUGGUUGCAGAAAUUUAUUGAAAACGGUGACUAAAGUCGUGACUGAAAAUGAAUAUGGAAAUUUCACUAAUUGUAUUUAUGAGAGUUUAUUAUGUAGUAC